AUGGGGCUGCUGGCCUUCAGGACCCACAUGGCCUCCACCCUCUUCAUCAUCCAGGUGCUUGUCCACAGGAUGGUGGCCAGCAACUGUUUAUAUCCUUCUGCUGAAUCGCUCUGCACCUGGGACUCCCCACUCAAGCUGGAGGCGUGGCAGGUGCGAGGGGAAGGCCGCUCUUUUGUUUCCAGUGAGGCCCAGGGAUCCAAGAGAUGCCAGCUCAUCAUCACUACUCCUAAGCCAGGUGAGACGGAGAGCAGUCCUCGGCCACUCUCCAUUAGGAACGGUCCUGAGGCGUAUUUAACUAACAUUAGCCUCUUAGCAACUCGGAAAGUAAGAUGGAAUCACCACAUCGCUGUCAUCAUCUCCGUCUUCACCAUCACCAUCACCACCGUUACCUCCACCCUCAUCACCAUCACCAUCAUUACCAUCCCCUCCACCAGCAUCCCCAUUGCCUCCACCAUCGCCCCUCAGUGCAAACCGCGCUUGGAGCGCCGGCUUGUUGGCUCCUGCAACCGGUGGCGUUUCCCCAAGCAGCCUUUCUCCGGGGACCUGCUGGCACUCUCUCAGAUGUGUAAGGCCCUCAACAUCGAUCUGGAGGACAAGGAUGCUCACAAGUACCCAGACAGAUUAUGCAUUUCAAAAAUCCAGAAACUCUUCUCUGAGGAAGUGAAGAACCACAAGGCAGCCAAAAGUGGGGAGGAGACAGGUGAGUGUUAUGUGGUUCUGGAAUGCCUGGGCUACACGUGGGAGCUGCACCAGGCCCAGCUCUUCCAGUCCGAGACCUUGGCCAAGCUUUACUUGACGACCCUGAUGCACAGGACUAAGAACUACGCGGAUUCCACGGUGCCAUACCAGCAAGCCCUACCAUCUGGGAAGACCAAAGAAGUACCCCCUGUGAAGAAGAUGAUCAUUUCCUUAAAGAUCAAUGAUCCAGCCGUCAGCAGAUCUGCCUUCGCCCUGGCGCUGAAGAACCUCUACAUGACCAACGUGGACAUAAACGUGGACGACCUGCUGGGGGUGCUGGCUUCCGCUCACAUCCUCCAGUCCGGUCACCUGUUUCAAAGGUGUGUGACCAUGAUGAUGAACGAACUCUCGCCAAGUACUCUAAAGGCCUUCUACCUGGCUGGCUGUAAGUACAAGGAAGAGCAGCUCACCAUUGCCUGCGAGAAGUGGCUGGAAAUGAACUUGGUCCCUCUGAUGGGGACACAGAUUUACCUUCGACAGGUCCCUCAGGAUCUGCUCCUCAAGGUGUUGAAGUCCCCCAGGUUGUUUACCUUUAGCGAAUUUGAUCUUCUGAAAACUUUACUUAUGUGGGUCUACUUGCAACUACACACCAAGAUUCAGACAAUUCCAGUUUAUGAAACUAUGCUGACAUUUUUCAACAGCUUCCCCAGGAAGUGUUGCUUUCUGGAACGCGACAUAGGACAGGGCUGGAUGCCGCUCUUCCUUUGCUUGCGUCUGCACAACAUCACCAGCGGUAAGGAUCUGGAGGAAAUAAGGCACAUUAACUUCUUCCCGGAGUCCUGGCUGGUCCGGGUGACAGCCAACCACUACUUCACACUGGAGAACGGGGGCGAUAUGGCCCACUUGAGAGAACUCUCCUCGCAGGCUAUGAGAUUCGGGAUGAUCUUUAACAAGGAUUUUACCACUUACUCAAGGAUAAUUUCUCUAUAUGGAUUCUUUUUUGAGAUAAAGGGGAUCAAACAUGACGCAACCUCUUACAGCUUUUCCAUGCAGAGAAUGAAGCACACAGACCUGGAGUGCCUCGCUCUCUGUGAGUAUAUCACCAUCAGCGUGAAGGCCGAGCGCCUCGUCACGUACCAGAUCAGAGCCUUCACCUUCGUGGAGGGCAAAUGGCAGCAGUUCAAGACCAACCAGAUCACACAGAAGUUCCGGUGCAACAAAAAAUGCUGCAAAAGCUACGUCUUGAAAGUCCAAACUGUGGGAAGCCCGAUCUAUGCGAGUUUUGCGUUCAUCUUCCCAGUAACUUGAUAGUUUCCAGAAGAAUCUAUGAGAUAUGACAUCUAUCUGCU